AUGGACUCUCAAGAACAAUUCUACUUUUCCCUCCUUCGCAUCUCGACGGCACAGAUGCUCCGUCAUGCUGGUCUAGCUGGUUCGCGACCAUCCGUUCUGGAUUCCCUCACAGACAUGACAGCUCGAUACUUAACCCUCCUAGGCACCACCGCCCGUUCAAUCUCCGAAUCCUCCAACCGUGAAGAAUCCGAUGUCCCCGAUGUCCUCUGCGCAAUGGAACAAGUCGGCCUCCUUCGACCCUUGACCCUCUACAACGCCGAUCUAGACGACACAAGAGCAAUCGACAACUUCAUCACUUGGGCGAAAAGUCCUGAAAUCGAGGAAUUGAGGAAAAUAGCUGGUGUGGUUACCGUUGAAGUUGACGAUAAGAAGGAGAGGGAUGAGGAUGUCAAUGCUGUUGUUCCUGAUACUACGACCGCUGGAGCUGGAACUGGUGGUGGUGCUGUGGAUGCGACUGGUGCUAGUGUGAAUGGAACGAGUGGAACGACUGGAUCUGUUGCGAUGAAGACAGUAAAGACGACAACGGGAACAAAAAGACCUGCUGAGAAAUCGAAAGAAGUAGAAACCGACAUCCCCAUUAAGCGUGAGGUUGUCGAUGAUCAACCUACUCCUCUGAUGAUGGAUAUAGACAGCGUACCAUUGGACGACAACAUGGCAGCAGGUACACCGGGACCUUUGGGCGGGGUUGGAGGUGGAGCCAGAGAUACAGAACCACCUGGAGAUGGAAUUGAGGAAGAGGGCGGGAAAGGAAGGGUUAAACUUAAACAGGUUGAUUGGUUUACUUCCUUGAAAAUUAAAGAAGAUGCUUCAAGGUUUAAGGGAACAGUGUUGGGGAAGCAUAUCGAGAAGAACAUAGUGGUGGAAGGCGGGGAUAGCAAGGUCCAGAAGGAUAAACUCGUAAAGGGCGGGCUCGGAGAAGGUGGUCCGAAUAAUGAUAAGCUCGGUGAGGAUGAAAUGGAGAAGGGUAUGCUCGGGAAGAGCGAGGCUACGGAGAAGAAGCUUCAAAAGAGGAAGUCCGAGGGGAAAAAGCCCGAGGAAAUUACUCCCCAGAAACGAAGGCGGACCUCACUAAGACUUCGAAAAAAGCGUGGGGAGGGUGAGGAACCCGAAACGGAUGAACAAGAACCAAAGCAGGACGAGGAAGAUAGCCCCCAGGUCAAUAAGUCGAAGCAUCAAGAGGAUGGUAUCGUUCACCCCGAAGGUGGUCAACAAGAAACGGCGGAACGUAGAGAAGAAGGUGGGUCUGGGGGAAAGGACAGUGACAGUGGCCUCGGGGAGAGUGGGGACAAGAAUAAGACCAAGCGUGGGCGUUCAGGACAAUGGGGUUAUGGAUUUGGUAUUCGGCGCAGAUAUUCUAGGGAUUAA